AUGUCGAAACAUGUUGCAGUCAUCAAUGACGGAAACAGAAGAUGGGCUCGGUCAAGAGGAUUGAUGCCUCAGGCGGGCUACUUGAUCGAUGCCGGAGCAUUGAAGUUCGUGGUGGAUCUGUGUCGUAAGUGGCGAAUCCAAGUUCUUACAGUCGAAGUCGAUUUCUUAAUGAGACUGCUUGAAAACACAUUAAAAGAUGAAGUUGCUUCUAUGUCGAGGGAUGAAAUCGGAGUUUCUGUCAUUGGAGACGUAUCUAAGAUUCCGCAAUCAUUACGAGAUUUCAUUACACAUUGUGAGAACCCUAUUCUUGGUAACUUACGAGUCGCGAUGGGUGGUUCUUGGUGGCUGCUAGUCACGGUCCAAGGGUAA